GAAAGUGGUGUGGCUGAAAGGUUGUGGGGCCUGGAGCAAGGUCAGGGUGAGCACAUCAAGAAGCCACAGGGAAAGUGUCUGCAAAAGACAGGAAGCAUCCCACUGGACUUCAACAUAGGUCAAGAGGAGCCCGAAGAACCCAGGAGCAAGGUUGUGUGCCCGAAGAAAAAGCAGAAUCCAUGCACCGAGUGUGGAAAUAGCUUUGAAAAAGAUUCCAGCAUCAUUAACCACCAGUGCAAACGCUCAACAGAGAGUCCAUACAAGUGCUCUGAUUGUGGGGAGAGCUUCAAAAGGAGAUCCCACCUCACCUCCCACCAACGCAUCCACACAGGAGAGAAACCAUUUCGGUGUCCUGAGUGUGGGAAGAGCUUCAGGGGCAGUUCUGAUUUGAACUGUCACCAGCGCAUCCACACAGGAGAGAGACCCUACAAGUGCUCUGAGUGUGGGAAGAGCUUCAAAAGCAGUUCCCACCUCAUCUACCACCAGCGCAACCACACAGCAGAGAGACCCUUUCAGUGUCCUGAGUGUGGGAAGAGCUUCAGAAGCAGUUCUGAACUGAAGCGUCACCAGCGCAUCCACACAGGAGUGAGACCCUACAAGUGCUCUGAGUGUGAAAAGAGCUUCAGAAGCCGUUCCGAGCUCAUCUACCACCAGCGCAUCCACACAGGAGAGAAACCAUUUCGGUGUUCUGAGUGUGGGAAGAGCUUCAGAAGCAGUUCUGAACUGAAGCGUCACCAGCGCAUCCACACAGGAGAGAGACCGUACAAGUGCUCUGAGUGUGAAAAGAGCUUCAAAAGCCGUUCUGAGCUCAUCUACCACCAGCGCAUCCACACAGGAGAGAAACCAUUUUGGUGUCCUGAGUGUGGGAAGAGCUUCAGAAGCAGUUCUGAAUUGAAGCAACACCAGCGCAUCCACACAGGAGAGAGACCCUACAAGUGCUCUGAGUGUGAAAAGAGCUUUAAACAUAGAACUAGUCUCAACAACCACAAGCACAUCCACAGCGCACACAAGCUUUAGAUGCACUUCAAGAUGCUGGGAAACUUCAUAAGCGGUUCCAGUCCUGUUACCUACCAGCACAACCACACAAGAUACAGUGCCUGCAGAGUCCUGAACAAGGGCAGAGCUUCAGCCGGAGCCCCAGCCUGGUCACCACCUUUAACUUUCUGUGGUGAUGAACCUUACAAAUCCCUUGAGUAGAGGAAGAGCUCUGCGGUCAAACUGAAUCCUCUUUUCCUUCUUUGCAUGAGAAUUAUGCAUAUUGCUCUCCUUCAGCUGUAGUUGCUGCAUUGAGUGGCCAUAGAAAGGAGAAUCCAGGGUGGGAUGUGUCACAGCCACAGGAAACCC